AUGAAAGUUCAAUUGCCAGAAGAGAGCAUGGAAUCUUUGGCAACAACCAUUCGUUUCGCCGAGCACUGUCCAGUGAACUCCAACAAGCCGUCCUGCCGAAGGUUUUCCGACACCUCUGCGUUGCGUCUUGCCAUUUGUUGUGUUACAGGAGACACGACAUUUCAUGAUGACCUCAAUGCGUUGAUGUCUAACAUACCUAGCGGGCAGGUGGUCAUCGUCGGGAUUGACGCAAAUCCGAAGAUGGAACUUGAGCAAUAG